AUGCCAGUACAGACCAGUCCACCGUCCUUCCUGGACUCGUUCCCGUCCUUUAUGUCGGUCUAUGGUGGACUGCCCCCGCGCUACAAGGAGGAAGAGAGCAGCAUCCAGCCUCUUCAGGUCCCAUCCCAUAUACCUGUCGAUACACGUCGCCUUCAUCCCUUCGCUCAUCGCGAAAGCGUGUCGUCUACAACUACGGCGUCAACUGAAUCCUCGCCGACCACGACGGUCUCGCCUUUUGACUCACCCGCCGGCGGUGAUAUCUCCCCCAGCUCGUCCCCGGAAUCCCCCACGGCGAUGCCCAUGCCAUACCCUAAAUUCACGCCGUUUGCUGCUCGUCAUAUCGAGCCUGCAUCGCAUACGUCCCUAUCAGCGGACGUGCCCCGGCUGUCGCCCAAUCAGUCCAGCAAUGCACUCCCCAGCCCCAGCUCUCCAGGGCGACGAGCCCGGAACCUGAAGAACCUAUCGCUGCGGAUGCCUCCACCAUCACAGUCCCGACCUCCUAUUGCCACCGCGUCAGUCGUGGAGACGACUUCCAAACACCACCUGUCGGCCCCGCCUUCUCCGAUCCACAUUCCUCCCAAGAGUGCUCGGCGGCGACCCGCAAACCUCACUAUACGGACUCCGGGAUUUGACAAAUCGUUCUCUAAUCAUGCCAUUGACGUGGUUCCUCCCACCCCUCUGGGACCACAACAAUCCCUUCGACACACCGAGUCGUCGCCGUCCUUGGCGUCGAUCACAUCGCCCUGUUUCGCCCCCAAAGGCGGGAUGCACCUUCCACGCCCGAUGACGCACCAUGGUACCCGUCCGUUCUCGGGCGCAUCUUCAGAGGAUACUACGUCUCCGCUAACGUCUAUUCCUGACGAUGGAUCUACCUUCUCACACGGCGUGCUGCAUGAACUAGAAGAAGAGGAUGAUCAUAUCGACUCCCGGGAGUCGUCCCGCAAGAAGGAUCGAGGCUACCCGAAUGGGCCUAUCCUGAUUCACGACUCGGGAGUGUAUCUGUACUUGGAGCCGACCGCCGAAGAGGCUGCCAAAUUCGACGUUGUGGUGAAUGUCGCUAAAGAAGUGGCCAACCCGUUCAUUACCACCAAGGAGGAACGAAAUGAUACGGUCAUGAGCACCUGGCGUAACGCCUCGAUGGCCUCGAAUCGGUUCUCCAGCGGCGAUCCUCACACUGCAAUGUCCGAAGCAUCCUUCAAAUCGGCAUUUGAGUUUCAGCCCCCUGGCUGUGACGCGGGUACUCCGACCACACCAACCCCCACUUCUGCAAACCCCAACCCGGAGUAUAUCCAUGUUGGAUGGGAUCACAACUCGGAGAUUCUGGACGAUCUGCUUCCUCUAUGCGAGCUCAUCGACGAUCGGAUAUCCCAGGGCAAGAGGGUUCUGGUGCACUGCCAGCUGGGUGCCAGUCGCUCGGCUUCCCUGGUGAUCGCCUAUGGUCUGUAUAAAAACCGACACCUGGACUUCAACUCAAUGUAUGAGAUGGUCAAAGAACGCAGCCAGUGGGUGGGCCCAAAUAUGAGCCUCAUCUACCAACUCACAGACUUCCGGUCACGGUUAAUGCGAGGACCGCCGUCGCGCCCUCCUCCCCAAGAGUGGUUUAUCAAUGGCAACCGCAGGAGCUCUGAGCCCCAGCACCCUCAGGCCCAACAGGCAACUGCAAAUGUGGCCGCCGCCGACUCGACACCAAGCCACCGACCACCUUUCCGUCAACUGGCGCAGGCGCCCUCGAUGGGCUGUCUGAAAAUCCCUUCGACGAGCUCCAUGCGACCGACCACCAGCGACGGACGGGGUAUGCCCAAGUCGCCCUCGCCCAAGCGCAGCCUCUCACCGCGCCCAUUGCCAUUCCGCCAAAAGUUCCAGUCUAUUGCACCCGCCUCGGGUUCGGGUCGACGACGCGGCCUGGCCCGCAUCAGCAGCUGCGAACCCCUGAUCCAAACGCAUGUGUUCAUGCGCGAUGCGCCGAGUCCAGAACCGGCCUUGUUUUCUCCCAGAACCACCGACUUUCUCGCACCACCCUCUCUGGUACCACCAUUACUCCGGCCUCCUCCGUCCUGGGGCAACUCUCACGCUCCAGAUGCUCCACAAGCGAUGCAGCUCACACCUGAGCCUGCCGAUCCGCGCUCCCCUCCCUCGGGCGGCGAGCCUCUGAUCAUGAGAAAUAUUGAUGAAUUCCUGUAA